AAGUACUGAAUAAAAGAGGGCUCUGUGCCCUUAUGAAGUGUAUCAACCAUGAACAUAAUAUUGCUGAAUAUGGUAAAAGUGCUUAACUUCAUCAUUAAGUGUCUGUUUCUUCCACUGCAGGAGCUGGAAGAUGAAGCAAGACUGAUAGAGAGGACAGAAGAAUCUUCUUUAAGAGGUCUGACAAUCUGAAAUAGUGACCAUGUCUAUCACAGAUCACAGCCCCACCACUGGAGUGGUGACUGUUAUUGUUAUCCUGAUUGCUAUUGCGGCUCUUGGUGCCUUGAUACUGGGCUGCUGGUGUUACCUGCGUCUGCAGAGGAUCAGCCAGUCUGAAGAUGAGGAAAGCAUUGUGGGAGAAGGAGAAACCAAAGAGCCCUUUCUUCUGGUGCAGUACUCUGCUAAAGGACCUUGUGUGGAGAGGAAAGCUAAGCUAACUCCAAACGGCACAGAAGUGCAUAGCUAACUUGGAGCAACGCAUGUAUUUAGACUACGCUUAUGAUGCGUGUAACCAGCAGAAGAAUCUCCUAUACUGUGAAGAACUUGGUCACAUGCACGCUACUCAUCAGAAGACACCUUGAUGAGGCUUAAGUAAGCUUUGUUUGCAACUGCAUGCACCGAGAAGUUGCACUUUGCAUCAGCUGUAUAUCCUUUUGCCUCUUAUGACAGGAGCUGACUCACCUGGCAUGAAGUCCAUUGCUGGCCAAUGGAUAUAUUGGCGUGAAGAGACUAAGUGUUUUUCUUACUUGAACGUUUAGCUGAGCCUAUUUUGAUGGAACUUCUACUGUAAUACUGGUAAUGUGAACUAUUUUACAACUGUGAACUGUAAAUAGGCUGCCAGGAGCUUUUGCUUUGUGUUCCACAGCAUACAGGAAGAGAAGAUGCAACUGUACACAACGCAGAGAGACUCCAGAGCUGUGACUCCGGAUGGGAUUCCAGACAGACAGAACCAAAUCUGCAGUUAAAGCUUGCUUCUGCUAUUAAUUUUUGAGUGCAUAGCCAUAAAGCCGGAACUCUUGCUGACUUCUAACAGUUUAUUGGACUGAUUCAGAAUACUUUCUUUGAAAAGCAGGAAUAACUUGUCAGUAACAUCUUGAAGAAGGAAGCAUAGGGGCUACAAGAAAGAAAAUGAUUUCCUUUAGUUGCAGCUAGGUAGUUCAAGCUUUUUGGCUGCUGGUACUGUGAGUUCUCUGAUCAUGUAGCUACUGCAAGGAAACUGCCAUUUUCAUGGAUUCCAGCCUGGGAACUAAUGAUGGAUACUUAUCCCUUGAGGAUAGUCCAGAAGGUUUCCAGGAGUUUUAAAAUGGCAGUAGAGCAACCUUUUUCCCUUCUGUAUGUCUGCGUGUUAAAACUGCAGAAGGGGUUACUUAUUAAAACUAGCAUAAAAGCAACUAAUAUAAGGUUUUCCUAAAACCCUUGUUCGUGUACCUGGCAGUUAGGGCAUAUGUAAACAAGAUAGCAAGCCUAUUGUUUAAAAAAAAAAAAAACAAACAACACUUUAGUCUCAAGACAAACUGUCAAUUGUGUAAUACAGUUAAUGUAUCUUGUAGAUAACUCUUGGUUUAACUCUGCUACUACAAGAUAAGUUGAAAAGUCUUUCUUACGAAAACUAAUGCUGAUGUGGGGAAGGGAGAGCUCUGGGCUGUUUGUGGGGGGCUUCUUAGCUAGCAAUGGGCAAGUACUUUCACAUAAGGACACCUUUUAUUUCCUGCUCUGUGCUGAGACUAAACUAUGGAAACUGUAAAAAGAUGUGUUAAAUAGGAUUUAGAACGCCCUAAGUAUUUGUGGGGGGGGAGGAGAAGGGACAACACUGAGGGGCCAAAGGCAGCUUACAUGAUCCAGAAUCCUUAGGAUAGGCAGGCCUGCUUUGAGACUUGGCUAGUUCAGCACUGACCACUGAACUGUUUUCUACUAUGGUGUACACAUAGCUUCUUUGUGUCCGUUUUAAAGCUUCAAACACUUUGCUGCUAGCAAACAGAUGUACAGUAGGCUUUUUUUCUUGAGAUAAGUUACAAAUAACACUCAAAUCAAACUUCAGCUCUAUAGGAAGCAUUAGACUACUGCUUCCUGUACACGUGGAAUAACUAAGCAACCUACCCAGCGAGCUUACCUGAGAAUUACAUAACUUUGUAAGAAGGAGGAGAAUCAUGGCCUAGUCAGUAGUCUCGUCCCUUUUCUCUGGAAUAAAACGUUGACUUGCAUUCUUAGUGCUCUUUUUUUUUUUAAUGGGAGACUGUAAUUUGAAACAAAACUAAUACUGGCAGUAGCAAGAAGCUCCCAGGGUUGCCUCUUGAGUACAAUGUGGGGAACAGCUGACAGAUGGCUGUUCUUGCAACUUUAUAUAAGCAUUUGAGAGGGCAGUUCUCUCAUAGGACUUGCCUGUAUGGCCAGACCCAUCCACUUAGACUACUGCAUUCUAGAAUUCCUAAAACCAAAGAGAACAGGAAUAAUUCAGUAAGAUAUUUUCUUUAGUUUUGUUUCAGUAGAGAACAGUUCACAUAUGGCUCUUGAAGAUUAAGACAGAUAUAAUGGUGUACAAAAGUGAUACAAAGUAUUGAAGUUCUGCAAUAGAAGAGUUACAGCAAGAUGAUUUUUGUCCAUUCAAGUUUACUAAUUAUACAGAUGAAACAUCUCCAUUUUAAUUCUGCCAACAACAAAAAUGUAGAGUGUAGAGGGCAAAUGUUGUAAAUUACCAGAAAAAUAUAAACCAAAGGUCCCAAAUUAACAUUUCCUCUAGCAGCUGUAAGAGGAAGCCAGUGAAAAAUAACUGGUCCUUAAUCAGAGGUGCUUCAUAGUGCUGUCCCUCAAGAAAAAAAAAUUGGCAACUUUUGGUUAAAUGGAUAGGUGUUUGCAAGUUAGUGCAACAGUAAAGUGCAGAAAGUGUUUUCCAUGCUCCCCCUCUACUUAAACGUGGG